AUGUUGUUCGCGUUUCUCUUGCUUCUUUUUGCUGCAAGAUUGCAAAGCGUAAGAAGUAAAAAAGAAGGUAAAUGUCUACAUUUUGUUGGAUAAAAUCGUGCUAUAACUAGAGAAAAGAGACAACUCACUUAGCUUAAAACACACUAAACGAGAAAACGAUCACUGUAGAAAUAUACAGCUGAAAAUUAACGUUGUCUAUUCAUUACAACACCUUGAAAAACUAUUGAUUUAAACACGAUGAACGCUUUCAAAACUCGGGCAAAACGGCGUGAUUCUGUUUAAAACAGAAACAGCAAAAUUAGUCUUAGAUUGCAAAGGACAAUCACUAUAUAUGAGCCCUUAAUUAUAGUUAAUUAAAUAAGCUUACAAAGUCAAGAAAGAUUCAAUAUUGUGUUUUCUGGAAUUGCUAAUAUCUUUCUUGGAUAAAAUUAAGUGUUUUAAAAAGUAUGCCAGCGCAAAAGGCAACUAGAUUGCAUUCUUCAUCCCCUGCGAGUAAACAGAAUAAAUCUCUUACAGUCAUUUGAACAUUGUCUUUGCAUAUCCUUCCUAGAGUCGGUCAUUUACCAUCGUUUCGGGAAGACAAACAUCACCGAAACACACGCAGAUGGAUUCUACUGUGGAAACGUCACAUUCCCCGCUCAAUUUCAAGGAAAAGGAAGACUAAGAGUAUUCCCUUCGACCAGUUUUGAAAGUACUCCGGCAAACGGCAACGAAGCAUCGGUCGUUAUCGUGGAUGAAAUAAAUGACGUUUUCUUCUCGGUGUGUGUGAUGGAGCCGGCCCAGACGACUGGGUUGAUGACAAUCAAUUGGUUCGCGUUCAGUGACAGACAUUUACCGCCGGGUACACAAACAGGAAGCGCUCCAUUUAGCGUUUUCACAAGUGGAAGUACAUGUACCAACGUCACAUUCCCACAGGUAAAGUAUAUAGGAAUAACGGUUUCCACAGGGAGGGUUGGGCAAUGCCCCUGAUUUGGGAUUGUCCCUAACCGACCCAUCCAACGUUGCUGUACUCCGUGAUAAGUCUGGAACAAGUUGUUACCACCUUCUAGCAAGUUUCUAUUCAAGAUGUUCCAACAAGACUAACACAGGCUGUCAUCAGACAUGACUCAUAAUGUGGCUGCCAAAGGCGCCCUUAGAAAGCCUUCGACUAGUCAGGUUUACACUGCGUCCUUCGUAAUUCUGCUUAGCUCUCAACUGCAAAUAAGGGUAAUAGACCUUUCCCCUUAUAACCAAAAUUUUGAUCUAGGCAAGUCUAGACAAAUAUUUCAUCACAGCUUGAAAGAGCAUCACAACAUUAGUAAUAUUUCAAAGUUUCGUUGCGAAAUGUUGUAAAAUGAGGAAAAUAGAGCCUUGCGAAGUUUGCAAUUUUCAGUCAUUUUGCAUUACAAAUGGGAAAUUGCAGCCCCAACACCCGAAUCGGAUGUCAAUUUCCCGUUUGUAAUACAAAAUGACUGAAAAACGGCAAAUUUCGCAAGGCUAUAUUAUCCGCAUUUUACAAGAUUUUGCAACAAAACUUUGGAAUAUUACUAAUUAUGUGAUGCUCUUUCAAGCUGUGGUGAAAUUUUUGUCCAAAUCGAAAUUUUAGUUAUAAGGGGAAAGGUCCAUUAGCAUACUCCCGCUUGCUUGCUUUUGCUUGCUUUGCUAGCUUGCUUGUUUACUGUACUUACUAAGGCUACGUUUAAACUAUUCCUUAUUACCAGAUAGGUUUCCGUAGCGGCGCGAAAAAGCACCUAUCUGAUACGGAAUGUACAAGUUUCAGAAGCUGAGCGAAACAACAUCUCUCUGUUGCAAUAAUUCCUCUGAAAAUAGCGUUCCUAAAAGGUACGGAUAUAGGUGUUUUUCACGUCGCUAUACGGAAAGUGUAAACGUAGCCUAACUCUGCCACCAAACACCUUAAAUGAUUCGAAGAAAUAAAUCACUUUAAAUUUUCAGGAAUUCUCGAGGCAUCCAAGACUUUUCAUCAGUAUCCGACAUGAAGGUCGAACUCGGAGGAAAGAUUCAAUGACAUUCUGGUCGGAAAAUGUAACACCGCGUGGAUUUAACGUUUGUCUACGAGAAAUGAUUUCAUUUUCUGGAAAGCACGAAGAUUUAUAUGCUGUAAGUAAUGAAUAAAUUUUGUUUUCGUCCCAACCUGGAGACACUCUGAUAGCCACAGCCCAGUUUCGCUUGCCUGUGAUGGCUUUACCCCAUCAUUUUUUCAACUCUGUCUCCUAUCCCAACAGCGAUAACAUACUAUAUGUUUGAACGUCCUGGUUCUCUAUAAUUUUACAGGAUUGGUUGGCGAUGGAACAGAAAUUCGCGAAUAUGACAGACGUCGAUUCAGUUUACUUCCCGAACGAUAUUGAACCUUCAGCCGAAGACAAUUACGCGUAUUGCCAGGUAUAUGCACUGUAAAACGACAAACCCGUGGUCAAAUGAAGAUGACAGUUGAGAAGCGAGAAUUUGCAUGCAUCAGAGUUUUCUCAACUCUCGUGCUCCAGUCAAACGAGAGUUGCAUGAGGAUUGAUGAAUGGUGACUGAAUAUACUACACGCGUAUACAACAAAUUCUCAUCAACUUUCCGAAAAACUCAAAAUUGAUCGGAGUCGGUUGAUGAGAUUCCUCCAUUCCCAACUUUCUUUUCAAUGUGAUUCUUCUAUAAAAUUAAAUCUAAACUGAACUAACUUUCUUGAAUGAAACCCCGAUCGCAGAUUGUGCUGCAAACGCCCCGAUUUCUUAUCAGUCUGUCAUUUAAAUGCGAGCGCUUACUUGCAUGCAUGUGGUACUAAAACUUGUUUUUGUUUUCUGUAGUUUAAAAACUUCAGUACGCGUUACUUUUCACCUCCGGAUAUUCUGGUCAGCCCAAGAAGAAGUCAAGUCGCGAACUCGUCGCUUUUGUCUUUUACCGAUAAAAACAUCGUAGCCUGGGUCAAGGUACUGUAGGACACAUGUUCUUUUUAUUGACUGAAUUUGAGAGCUGUACAUAUUCUACCUUUGUGAGGUCCAGUGUUACUUCUGGAGGAAACCUAAACUAAACUAACUUUAUUGAUACUGGAUAGCACUAUAACGUUUAAACUUUUCUUCCUAGAGGUCCAGUAAGGAUCAUUUCUUAUUGAUCCAGUGUUACUUCUGGAGGAAACCUAAACUAAACUAACUUUAUUGAUACUGGAUAGCACUAUAACGUUUAAACUUUUCUUCCUAGAGGUCCAGUAAGGAUCAUUUCUUAUUGAUCCAGUGUUACUACAGGAGAAAACCUAGACUAAACUAACUUUAUUUAUAGCGGAUAGAUCUAUCAGUUUUAAACUGUUCUUCCUAGAGGUCCAGUAAAGAUCAUCUCUUAUAGAUCCAGUGUUACUAUACAUGAGGAAACCUAUACUAAACUAAUUUUAUUUAUACUGGACAUCUCUAUCAGUUCAAACUGUUCUUCCUAGAGGUCCAGUAAGGAUCAUCUCCUGUUGAUCCAGUGUUACUACAGGAAAAAACCUAAACUAACUUAAAUUUAUAUUAUUUAUAGUGGAUAGCUCUAUCAAUUCUAAACUGCUCUCCUAUUUUGUAGGCUGUCACCAGAACAGGGUUUGAGGUUUGUGUGAAAGCUUUACCUGGGAUCAGUGGACGAUAUGAACCAAUAAUAGUGGAUUAUGCAGCCCUUGGAGGUAUUGUGAUUUUUCAGUUAUAUACAUAAGGGGUGAAUCUCAGGGGAGGUGUGCACCUCCCCACACCUCCCCUCAAUAUCCGGCCAUGAUAAUCUCCGAGGUGAUAAGACCCUUUAACUUUUUCUGUUCUUUUAGGUCGUGAUCCUUGCUUGAACGUAACGUGUGAUAAGUUCGCAGUGUGCCGUGCCUUUGGUGCUUACGACGCGAGGUGCGUUUGCGUCACCAACUGUCCUUCGACUGAACAAAAUCUGUGUGCGUCACAUGGCAAGAGUUACAAUAAUCCGUGUCUCUACCAACUGGACGUCUGUCAGACGAGAUCGAACUAUUCAUAUUACCAUCAUGGCAGUUGUAGAGGUGGGAUAUAAACAUUUUCAAACAUUUUACUACAAGUCUGUUGCGAACACAUCUUGUUGUGAGAUUUUUACGUGCGUAGUUAACCUGUAAAGUUGCAUUUAGCCCUGAUGUGCCCUUUUUUAGGUUUUCCUUUGAGAAGAGGUCGUAUUCAAGUGAAGGAAGUUCCCGAAUGGUCAGAGUCACAUUGUCAAAGUGUUCGAUUCGAGCCUCUGACAUUCUACCCCGACAAAGUUGUCCACGUGCAAGUUAGCGUCAGUCACGUGAACCAGUCCGACCGAGUGCAUGACGCCGCGGUGGCAUGGGUAGAAAAUGUGAAUGUUAAUGGAUUCUCGUUCUGCGUCAUGGAGUCGGGGAGAAACGAGGGACCCCCACAUGGAGAGGCGACUCUGGAGUGGAUGGCUUAUCAGGGGGCACCAAGCGAAGGUCUGGCAGGGAAGGUGUCAAUUCCAUAUUGGUGGACUGGAACCAAAUGCCAAACAGUUGCUGUGUCUGCGGUAUGUUGCAACAACUUGUUAUCAGGAUGUAUUCGCACUGCUUGUUCCCAGCUUGUUGACAAGUUGCGAACGGCUUGUUGGCAACUUGCUACAAGGUUGUUGAUUCAACAGACUUGUUACAAGCUGUUCGAAUAGCCUGUUAUCGUCCUGAAGUCAACGACUUGUCAACAAGUUGUCAGUAAUAACUUGACUAAAAUAGCAAUAUUAUCAUUGUUAUAACUUGUUGACAAGCUCGCUACGAGAAUGUAGCGAAAACAUGCAUUUUGUCGACAAGAUGCGAGACUUUUACGUGCGUUUAAGAUAGAAAUAAAAUUGAACAUAUCUCUCUCGUUAUUUCUCUCGAUAUAAUCCCAGGCAAGAUUCUCGACCAUACCAACCGUACUGGUGACGGCAGAACAUCACAGAAAGAGUUUGAAACAUGACGCAGCCUCGGUGUGGUUGGAAGACGUCGGACGAACUUCAUUUAAAGUGUGUUUGAGGGAGUUGCAAAAUUUUGAUGGACCUCAUCAAGAUAUUUCAGUUGUAAGCUUUCGUUUUUCCCCAAUUUUAAAUUACUUUAACCAUAGGUUGUUAGAAUGAUGUAGUGCGAAAUGUCAUGUCAGUGGUUGUACAAAUAAAGGUAGUAGUUUAGAGUUCCUCCUGCAUGUAGUAGUAACACUGGAGCAAUAAACUAAGAGAUUAUCUUACUGGACCUCUGGAGAGAACGGUUUGGAACUUGUAAGGCUAUCCAGUAACAGUGCACCAGUAAGGGAUGACCUUUUUUGCUGGAUGUCUACCAAGUGAUAAUUAUUAACUUUCACGAACUUUUUUCAGAACUGGAUGGCAUUUGAAGGACUUGAGUUUCCAGUGUUUACUGAACUUGGUAAAACUGCUUUUGAUCGUUCAACAUCACAUCCUUUGGAAAGCAACAACUAUGCUCAAUGUCGGGUAAGAGAACGUACAGAAUCAAGAACAUUCUUUGGAUCUAAAGAUUGAAAUUUAGCGUAAAUUAUACUGACAUACAACAUGACACUUGAAAGAAACACUUGUAUUGUGUCUGAACUACCUGUAAAACACCAAAAACACUGCCACCAUUUGGCAUGACUGAUUUCAUAACAAGUACUCGUCAGAAACGUCAAAGUGUUUUUACGGCUUACUUUAAGAUUCUACCUGCGGUGGAGACCCCCAUAUUCGAGAUUUUAUGAAGCUCUCAAAUAUUUUGUAUCAUUUCAGGACGUAGCGUUGACUGGGAACUACCCAAGUCCCCCGACAAUCUUGGUGAUGCCCAAACACAGUUCUUCUGGUGGCAAUAUUGA